AUGGUUAUGUUGGAUUAGAGAACAUAUAUUUUUUUUUAAUUUUAGAUUUAAACAAUUAUUAUACACUUAAAAUGCAGAAAAAUAAGUUGUUACGCGUAACUCAAAUGAAUGCCAUUUAUCUGGACAAUGAAAUUGAAAAAUCAUUGCAGCAUAUUGUGCAGGAAGCUUGUAAACACUUGCCACCAGGACUCUUGGCCCCUAUACAACCAGAAAUUAAUCUCUUAAUUCACUUAGGAAUACUAAAAUAUUCCUUACUAAACAAAGGUGCGACCUUUGGGCAACAACUUUUAAAUAUCCAUUAUGAAAACAUUACACCUGUGAAAAAAGCAGCAUACUUUCUGCUUACAAGCUUAAACUACUUAAAAACUAGAUGCGAGCUGUGGAAACCUUCGCAUAGGAUUAAUAAGAUUAUGUUCGGAUUUUAUAUAUUAGUAAAGAUGCUUGAUUUUAUCAAUAUAUCAGUGUUUUUGAGAAAUGGAGCGAAGCCUUUACUUGUUGAAAGGGUAUUGGGGCUAAAUCAGGGAUAUGCAUCUGAAACCCCACCGAGGACCUUUGAAUACAAAUAUUUAGCCAGAGAAUUACUUUGGAACGGGUUUAUUGAAAUUAUAAUCUACAUGAUACCUUUAGUGAACUAUUAUAAGUUAAAAAGAAUAGUAAAACAAUAUAGUCCCUUUUCAAAACAGUCUGUGAUAAGUAACGUUGUGACAAAGCGAGAAUUUACCUUAAACACCAAAUGUGCGUACUGUGGCUCGAGUCCAAUUUUACCUCACCAUAUGGGUUGUGCACACAUUUUCUGCUAUGUAUGUUUGAAAGGAAACCAAACUGCAGAUCCAAAAUAUGAGUGCCCCGUAUGUGAACAUAGAAAUCAGAACAUUUUAUGUGAUAAAGUGAAUAUGUAAAAAUAAAAUAUAUAAAAAAUC